AGCAACGGAGAAAAAGAGUAGAAGACAACGGAGAACAUGGACACAGGGACGUUGCAUCUUUUCUAGAGAGAGAAAACUGUAAACCCUAAAUCAAAAUUACAGUCCCUGCAUUUCAAAUCUCCAUGUCUCAGCACUAGCACCAACCAGCAUCUCCCCAUAUUCUGGCACCCAAUUUUUCCGAUCGAUUUUUUGGAUUCACCCUGGACGCUGCAGUUUCUUCCGAUUGGAUCUGGUUCUGCAGAUUGAGCCGUUGAUUUGGUUCUGCCCGAUGGAUGAUCUGGACGUGCUGGCCCGAGAUUUCGGGCUCGGGGCCCGUGGAAAAUCCAAUCCGAUGAGGUCCGCACCCUCCGAUCGUCGAUCCAUUGACGAUCCGUUGUUCGGCGAUGUUUUCGGUGGGCAGCCGAAUUUCACGGCAAGCUCGAAGAAUCCCAAUAGUAGCAACAAGCACUCGUCAAUGAACGAUUUUGAUUACGAUUCAAUUUUCAAGUCGUCGUCGGCCGCGGGCGAGCCCAAGAAUAGUGUUAACAGCAGCAAUAAACCGGCAUCCUCGUUGCCUGUGUACGACAAGCCUGUGUAUGAUGAGGAUAUCUUUGAUGGGUUGCCGGGUUUGAAGAACAAAUCAGCUGCAGCGGCUGUGAGGUUCGAGGAUGACGUGUUCUCCACGAUUUCGUCGCCGCCGACGGGCAGGAGUGGGAACCCGGGCAGUAGUUUUGAUGAUUUGUUGGGGAAUUUGGGGAGAAAUGAGAAGGCUGGGGAGAGCAACAUGAGCAGUAGUGCUAAGAGCAGCUCGAGUACAAAGGGCUUCGAUGAUUUGUUGCCUGGGUUUGGCAGUGGCAGUGCCAGUUCUGCUGCUAGCAACAGACCAAUACCAGAGUCAAGGUGGGGCUCUGUACCCACUUCUGUUUCAAAGCACGGGAAUAUUCUGAAUGAUCCUUUCGUAGUUCUUGAAUCAGAUUCUACUCCGCACUCAUCUUCUGGGGUAUUUACCGAUCCUUUGGAAGAGAUUAGUAAGCUUAGUAAAUCUAGGAGUGCAAGGGUUGAAGUUUCAUCAGGUACAGGUGGAGCAUUUGAUAAUUUAGACCCCCUUGGCACUAGUGGAAAUUCUGCACAUGGAUUUUCCUCGGGGAAGGAUCAUGUAGGGAAGGAUGGGAGCGCUUCCAGAUCAGCAAUGCCCGGGAACUCUUCUUUCAGAUACUCAGAGAGCAAUACAGCAAAGAAAGAUCCUGUGGACAAUUUUCAGGAGCCUCCCUUAUUUGAUAUGCCUAAUGUUUCGACAGACUCACAGAAAUCUUUUCAUCAAAAUGCUUCUUCUCAAUAUUAUGAAAAAAGCGCACAGGUCGAUAUGUCGCCAGCAUCAGAAGGACCGGGACAUCAAUAUGAUGAUGUUUGGCUCACUGUUUCAGAGAUUCCACUUUUUACGCAUCCUACAACUGCUCCACCCCCAUCACGACCUCCACCACCUAUACCCCGUAAAUCUUCAAAGUCAGAGUCGGGUUCCUAUUUUUCAAGUUCUAGAAAGAAGAGCGAUGAGUUCUCUUCACCUUCAUACAAUUCUCAUCAUCCUGAAAGUCCUAAGCCUGAUUGGUCCACAGAGAAGAGCCCUCAGGCAUCACAGUUUGAUGAGCUUGAUGAUUUUGCCAUGAACAGGUCACAAAACAGUGCUGAUGAAACUACAAAUAGUCACACGUCCACCAAUCCUUUCUCUGCUGCUGCUGCAUCAGCUGCUGCAAUGAAGGAUGCUAUGGAUAAAGCGGAGGCAAAAUUCAGACAUGCCAAGGAAGUGCGUGAAAGAGAGUACGCAAAAGCCGCCAGGUAUAAGGACUCCGGGCCACUGGAAAGAGAUGAAACAGAUAGCCACGAAAAAGAUUUCAAGGAAACUCAGGAGAGAUUAGAACGUGAAAGGAAGCAGAAGGAAGAAGAAGAAGAAAGAGAGAUGAGGAGGCUCGAGAGGGAGAGAUCAAGGGAGAUUGAAAGGGAGAAGGCCAGACAGGCUGUUGAAAGGGCUACCAGGGAAGCACGUGAACGAGCAGCGGCUGAAGCUCGAUUGAAAGCUGAAAGGGCAGCUGUUGAGAAGGCAAAUGCUGAAGCUCGUGGCCGUGCUGAAAGGUUAGCCGUUCAGAGGGCACAAGCCGAAGCUCGUGAAAGAGCUGCUGUUGAAGCUAGAGAACGAGCGGGAAAAGCUGCUGCAGAAGCUAGGGAAAGGGCUGCCGCAGAAGCUAGGGAGAGAGCUGCUGCCGAAGCGAGGGAGAAAGAGACUCGGGACAGAGCUGCUGUGGCAAGGGCUGAAGCAGAAGCCAGGCGUCGAGCCGAACGAGCUGCCGUUGAGAGGGCAGCUGCUGAGGCCAGGGAGAGAGCCGCUGCAGAAGCUCGAGAAAGGGCAGCUGCAGCUUCAAAGAUGAAUCAACAAAAGAAUGAUAAUGAUCUGGAAUCCUUUUUCAACAUGGGCCGAGCAAGCAGUGCACCGAGAGCUCGAACUAACCCAACUGAUCCGUUUUCUGAUCAGUUCCAGAACAAAGGUGGAUCUGAAGCUGCUAAGAGGACACCGCCAACUAGUGGUGCCACAUCUAACAUGAAGAAAGCUUCUUCAACUACCAAUUUUGUCGAUGAUCUAUCUUCUAUAUUUGGGACUGCUCCAUCGGCUGGAGAGUUUCAGGAAGUUGAAGGGGAAACUGAAGAAAGAAGAAGGGCCAGACUGGAUCGCCACCAGCGCACUCAAGAGAGAGCGGCAAAAGCAUUGGCUGAAAAAAAUCAGCGGGACCUUCAAGCUCAGAGAGAACAAGAAGAGAGACAUAGGAUUGCCGAGACACUGGAUUUUGAAAUCAAACGUUGGGCUGCUGGUAAAGAAGGAAAUUUGCGUGCCCUUCUGUCAACAUUACAAUACGUGCUUUGGCCCGAAUGUGGGUGGCAGCCUGUUUCCUUGACUGAUUUGAUCACUGGUGCCUCUGUCAAAAAAGUUUAUAGAAAAGCAACAUUAUGCAUUCACCCUGACAAGGUACAGCAAAAGGGCGCCACUCUUCAGCAGAAAUAUAUUGCUGAGAAGGUUUUCGACCUGCUAAAGGAAGCUUGGAAUAAAUUUAACUCGGAGGAGCUAUUCUAAACGCUGCCAUUAACUCCUUGCAUCUCCCUCUGAAUCGCUCUAUUAGAAACGGACAUAAUCCUCGGCUGCUUCAAAAGGUAUUAUGAGCAUCAAUGCGCCAAUGAUUUUGCACGAUUAUUUUCUAGUGUUGCAAUCCUGGAUUAUGAAAGAGACCCAACCAAACAUGCCUCUGAGAUGCUUCGAGUGGUUUGUACAUUUACGCACGACUGUAUAUUGAUGCCGACACCAGAUUCCGGUGAAGCAUAAGUACAUGAUUUGCUUGGUAUAGAAUAGCAUUGUUUUAAUCAAUAUCUUGUAUUAAAGACUACUCACCCUUGUUACAUAAAUGAGGUGAUUGCCUUUGUCUUAUUCCAUCAUUUUCCCCCUUUAUUGGUUAUUAUUUCUUAUCAUAUAUUUUUACUUAAUGCUGAAGAUGUUCAGAACCAAAAACAUGAGAUUUUAAGUUGUAUUAUUGUUGAGUUGAGAAUCGAUUUCGAAGUAUAUUGAUAUUUCUCU